UUCUCAAUUCUAUCAAACCACGGUCACUUGCCCCAAGCUCCUCUCAAACUUGAAUCAAAUCACCUGAUCAAGACACUCCCUAAGAAACGCCUCUACUAACAACUCGUGCACUACUACUUAUUGAGUUCAAGUUCUAGCAAUAGUAAUCUAACUUAACAUCUCAGAAGCCAGAAGAAACGAAGCAAGGUACACGUUCAAGGCCGCCGCAAGAUAUAUAGAUAACUCAUCACAGAAAUAACACAACAAACCAUGUCACCUGCCAAUGCAAAUCUGGCGCCUGUUGUGCAGCACAGAGGCAACAGAUUCCUGUUUUCAAGCGAGUCUGUCGGCGAGGGGCAUCCGGAUAAAAUCUGCGACCAGAUCUCGGACGCAGUGCUGGACGCUUACCUGGAAAAGGAUCCUAAUGCACGCGUCGCCUGUGAAACAGCCACCAAAACAGGAAUGGUGAUGGUGUUGGGUGAGAUCACUUCAGACGCUGUGAUUGACUACCAGAAAGUGAUUCGAGACACGAUCAAGGAAAUUGGAUAUGACGACAGCAAAAAGGGCUUCGACUACAAGACGUGCAAUGUCCUCAUCGCCCUCGAGAAUCAGAGUCCCGAGAUUGCAGACACUGUGCACAAGGCCGGCGCCGAAGAGGAUUACGGGGCAGGUGAUCAGGGUAUCAUGUUUGGAUAUGCGACUGAUGAGACAGAGUCUUGCAUGCCAUUAACCAUCGACCUCGCACACAAACUGGGACAGCGAUUGGCCGAAGGCAGGAAGUCGGGUGAAAUCGAGUGGGCGAGACCAGACUCGAAGACGCAAGUGACGGUGGAGUACGAGGAAGACUCAAGCGGUUGCCCCGUGCCAGUACGAGUUCACACUAUUGUCAUUUCCACGCAACACGACGAGCAGGUCUCCAUGGAACAGAUCAAAAGUGAUCUCAUGGAAAAGAUCAUCAAAAAAGUGAUCCCUUCUUAUCUCUUGGACAAAGACACCAUCUACCAUCUGAAUCCUUCGGGCAGGUUCGUCAUCGGUGGACCUCAAGGGGACGCAGGCGUUACUGGACGGAAAAUCAUUGUGGACACUUACGGCGGUUGGGGUGCCCACGGGGGCGGGGCUUUUUCGGGAAAAGAUUUCACAAAAGUGGAUCGAAGUGCUGCAUAUGCUGCUCGUUGGGUGGCCAAAUCACUGGUGAAAGCCAAGUUAUGCCGACGAGCGCUGGUGCAAAUCUCAUACGCCAUCGGAAUUGCGGAGCCACUCUCUUUGUUUGUAAACAGUUACCACACAGGAGUGAAGUCUGACGAAGAAUUGACGAGCAUAGUGAAGAAAAAUUUUGACCUGCGACCAGGAGUGAUCGUUCGGGAGCUGAAGCUAAAGAACCCCAUAUUCAAGAAGACAGCACGUUAUGGCCACUUUGGAAGACCUGAAUUCACCUGGGAACAACCAAAGGAGCUCCAGUUUUAAUCUAAUUUUGUCAUCAUUUUAUAUUUUGUCAUCAUUUUGUUAUGUAUUAUGUCAUGUAACUCCAUCUUUAAUUUAAGAAAGUAUUUAAAUUGA